GUCCAGGAUCACCUCGCACUCACCUUUGGUUUCCCCUAAUAACCCCCUCAGGAAAGUUCACUCUAAAACUGCUGAUAUUCAUUCACCUAACCUAAGAAUGAACAUUCCGUGUCCCCCUCCCGUAACCUCUCUCACGAACCAUCUAGGCUUAGGGGAGGGCACCGACUUACACUUGGGACACUCAGAUGCUGAACCCUCUGCACUUCCUCCAUCGGCACUCUCACCUGCCGCCCUUUUCCUUGCCUCUUUCUCUCCUCCAAGUCUCCACGACGUUGCUUUUCUAACCUCUCCACAAAAUGAAGAGGGAAAUAUGUCCUCCCUUUCCCCAGCCGCUCAGUUCCUAGCAUCAUAUUCCUCGCCUCCACCCCCUGCGACGCUUGGCCCCAAACAACUCCUGCAUAAUCACGGCUAUAGUCUUGGCCGUCAUCUUGGUACCGGUGGAUUUGCGUCUGUGUAUGAAGCGGUUUCGCAUGCCACAGGGGCGGCGGUCGCAGUCAAGAUUGUUAAUAGGAUUUCCCUCGGUUUCUCCUCCCCGCACGCGCUGUUGCGGUUGGGGAAAGAAGAGAAGAUAUGGAGCAGCCUUAAUCACGAGCACAUUCUUCCGCUAUACUCAACACACCACACCUUUGAUACGUCCUUAUUCUUCAUGCUACUCUGUCCCGAAGGCAACUUGUUGCAGAUUCUGUCGAGGGAGCAAGAAAGCUAUGGGAAGGGCCUUGAGCAUGAUGUAGUGCGGACAUUGUUCCAGAAGAUUAUACGUGGUGUGAGGUAUCUCCAUGAAACGAUGCGGAUCGUGCAUGGGGACCUGAAGCUUGAGAACAUCUUGGUUGAUGAUAGCGGGAUGCCACGCAUCACCGACUUUGGAUUGGCGUCAUACAUUGAGGAUGAUGAAUCUUCCUAUCAAUCGGCCGGCGAACAUCCAGAAGCCGAAACCGAUUCAGUACGCUCACAUCCCUCGAUCCGCCGUCCGGAUGCACCACACUUUCGUCACACCAGCGUCAACACUCCUCAUGAGGCUGUCGAGGUUGAUGACGGCUACGGGAUGGCAGGCUCUUUGCACUACGCCGCGCCAGAAAUUCUACGGCCAUCGGCGUCUGCAUCACGACGCAAGUUGUAUCCCAGCCAGGAUGUGUGGGCUCUAGGAUGUAUUCUCCAUGCGCUCCUCUCUGGAACCCUCCCGUUCACGGAUGCGUUUGAGCCCCGCCUAGUGAUGAAGAUAGUAAAUGGGGACUGGGAAAGGGACAGUACUACAGUGGUCGAAGAUAGGAUUGUUUUGAGAGGCUGUUUUGCCUUGAAUCCUGACGACCGCUGGUCGAUUUCAAAGUUGGACGAGAACUCACAUCAGAUUGGGGUUUCGGAGUACCAAAAGUUACGGGAUUGUCGCCGAUCUCCCCCAACUGCUUUGCAUUCGACGUCUCGAUCCCGCUCACGCUCACGCUUUAAGCACGCUACGCCCUACACCGUGUCGGAAGGAGCGGAACAUGAGGGAAAUUCUGGCUACGAAGUGUCGACUUUGGCUAGCGAGCCGAAUUUCCGGCGUGCGCGGUCCACAUCGCGUUCUCGGAUGAGGCGCCGGGUGAGUCUCCCAUAUGGGAAAGGCGACCCUCGAGGGGUGAACUCGUUCGAUGGAAGUUCUAGCCGCAUCAGUACCGAACGGAGAUUGCUCACAGCUUCGCGUUCCUUGUCAUCGGACUCGUACUCUCUAUCUGCACUGGGCUCCGAUGACGCCACAAGGACCCCACCUGAUGACGGCGACCUAUUCGUUUUCGAGCGGCAUCCUAGGAGUGACAAGCGGUCCAAGUCGAGUGUCGCUAACCGGCGCGGGCUCCAAGCCCGCGCCUAUCGAUCAACCUCUCGCAAUUCACGAGAUCUAAUUCCUCGACGUUCAAGGAGCAGAGGUCGCGCUUCUGCACGUGAUUUCUCUGAGGGAGGAACCUUCCUUGACACUCGGAUCCACAACCGUGAGCUAUCCGAACACGGUGGUCUAUCCACGGCGAUGUACAUCCGGGGACUGCAGCUAGAGUCCACAUUGAAUGAUUCGAAGGAAAUUGGGUAAAAAGGGUGUGUUGAUUUUGCAGGGGGUCAGAAUUGUUUUAGACCUCCCAUAUUCCAACUUGCUCGGUAUUUUGAAAGGACUGGACAUUCAGAAAGUAUGCAUAAUCACAGAUUGAUAUAU